UCAAUAACUUCUGUAUAGUCAAAUCAUACCCGAUCUUAGAAAUUAUGACGAAGAUAAAGCAAGCCAUUCUCGGGGAACAACUAACCCUAAACGUCACUCGAUGAACAUAAAGAAUUCAACAUCGCCUUUAGUACGAUCAAAUACAAGCACACCACGCUCGACCAAAACUGCAUCACCACCACCUACAGUCAAAAAAACUACACGUCGACUUUCAGCUGCUGUAUGUGAUUCUCCGGUAUCAACCACACAAAAACCAGUGAAUUCACCACCUACAAGAAGUGCAUCCUUGGCAUUAAAAUCACCUCGACCCAAUGCUGCUAUGCGAGCAAGAGCAGAACAUGCAAAGCAGCAGCAAGAAGAACUUGAAAGAAAGAAAAACACGCCUCCUCCAGGUUCUUCUAUGAGUCUCAAGUUAAAACAAAGAGUGAAUUCAGGUAUCGAUUGGGAUACUAUCAAAAAAGAAAGAAGAAAGACAGUUGCUGAACAGCCUAAUUCACAAAAGAAAUAAAAAGGUUACACCUGUACAAGUGUAUUUCUCUCUUGUUCCUGUGUUACUUGAUGCAUAAAAAAAAC